CAGGCAUCUUUUCUUUUAAACGCCAAAUUACUAAGGCAAGAAUCGUCAAGUUCCGGUUAGCGGUAGAAGAGCUUGUCCUAAGAAAACCACUCGUUCCGAAACCACAACUAACAUCAUUCAAUAAUAUCAACACCGUACACACUCAACUCCUCCGAAAACACAUUCACGAUGUCUUGGCUCGGUGUUACUCCCCUUAAGAAAUUUCCGGCGCCAGUCCUCAAGCCCUUGGCCCCUUUCUUCGCUGCCGGUCUAAUCAUCGCCUACGGUGUCAACUCCGCGCAAAAUGCCAUGAUGAAGUCCGACGAAUGGAAGAACGACCCUCGCAACCCGUAUGCUAAGUCAAAAGGACAUUAGAGAUAUGGUGGACUUGGAGAAAGUGGCGUAUCAUUCCGAACGAGAAGCAUCAUAAACGGUCAAACUGGACGAAUCAUCAUUCCGUUAGCCGAACAAAGCAGGAUUGUACUAUAAAUUACGCGCUUACGUCGAAUCAAGAGCUUCGUCUACAGCCAACACCUAUCUCUAUGUUGGGUUCUGUUUCAACUAUUGAACUUAAGAGGAACAUAUGAUAUGUUGUUUCCAUUGCGCUCGCUUGUGCGAUAUCGUUCCAUGGACUCCACAAACUACUAGGGAGGUAUUGUAUCAGCCUCAUAUUUGAAAUUGUGGGCACAACAUGAUAUUGUGAAAAUCCUAUUCGUCCAGGUCAUAAUUCUGAGCCUAUUCAAACUCAACGGCUCUAUUAUUAAACAUACGAGAAUGUCAACGCCACUGGGGUAACCGACUGCGGAGUACCAAAAGUUGACUUAUAUCUAAUAUCUCAUCAAUAGAUUUCCAGAAUAAACAUCCUAUGCUUCUA